CAAACAGGUAUAGAUAAUUUGACACCUGUUGCGCGUUUAGAUCAGUCGUUUGGCGAGGGAGAGAGGAUAUCUGCGGUAUCUAUUCAUUGUUAAGCUCGAGAGUCCAUAAAAAGCGGAAUAACUCUUUCUGGUUGGAUUUCUAGUUUUUCUUAAAGCUUCGUUCUUAUCCACGAUGAAGGUUUUGAUCGCCUUGUUUGUUGUGGUGUUUGUGGAUGUGGUCGCCUCACAAUGUACUUGUAACAAUAUGAAAUGGGCCAAAUGUGAUGGAGACCCAUGCCAGUGUUCUCUUACGUUUACCCCGGCAAUCAAGCAAGUGCUUGAUUGUACAAAAUUGAUUCCCAAGUGCUACCUCAUGAAAGCAGAGAUGUAUCGUGCCAGGAACAAUCUGACCACAAGAUCCAUUGGUGGGAAACCUGUAGAAACUGCCUUUGUGGACAAUGAUGGAAUCUAUGACCCAGAAUGUGAGAAUGAUGGAAGGUUCAAGGCAAUCCAGUGUAACGGCACUGACGUGUGCUGGUGUGUCAACAGUGCUGGUGUGCGCAGAAGUGACAAGGGAGACAAGAACAUCAAGUGUGAGCCUGUGGAGACCUAUUGGGUUCGCUUGGAACUGAAGCAUAAAGAUGUGGCUGUUCCUCUUGAUGCUGCCAAACUGAAGACUGGGAUUGAGAAUGCUUUACUGGAACGUUACAAGUUGGAUAAGAAAUUUGUGACUGAGGUUCAGUAUGACAAAGAUGGUCGUGUCAUUGUUGUGGAUGUCCAAAAGGAUAAGAAAGAACGUGUUACAGACCUGUCCCUCAUGACUUACUACAUGGAGAAGGAUAUCAAAGUGAAGCCCCUCUUUCAAGACGAAAAACCAUUUGAAGUCAGUGUUGAGGGAUCAAAGGUGUCCAUGGAGAACAUCCUGGUGUACUAUGUAGAUGACGUGCCGCCCACCUUCACCAUGCAGAGGCUGACUGGUGGUAUCAUUGCUGUCAUUGUGGUGGUCAGCUUGAUUGUGAUUGCAGGACUUCUGGUUGUGUUCUUCCUCGCACGGCGACAGAGGGCCCAGUACAGUAAAGCGCAGCCCAGAGAAAUGGAGACCAUGUCUUAAAGCUAUUAAUAACUAGUCUCAUGUACCCGAGUCUGAGACUGGGAUGUGCCCCAUGCUGAAGCUUAGACCAGCUGUACUUUUUUUGCUUGUCACAUUUUCAUGUUAGAGAAACUAAGUGUCUGUUACGUGGAGUACAGUUUUUGUUUUUAAAUGCUACAUUUUUGCUAUUUAAUGAGGGCUCAUUUUCAAUUGGAUCAACAUUUUAACACUGUACAGUUUGACUUCUGAGUUUUUAAUAAAAUUUGUUUUAAUGUUUAAA